AUGGACUGGAUCUGUUAUCAUUCUGAGAAUAAACCUUUACUUCUAUGUGUAGAUGAGAUUAUGAAGGCUCCAGAACCCAAGAAAAUAAUAUCCAAGCUUGGAGCACAGCUCAGUAGCAGAAAUAGUGAUGAGUUUAAUUUGGUUAUUUCAACCCUUGAUUCAUUAUAUUUUGCUGAAUUCCAGACAGAUUCAGGAAGACCAGUAAAAUGGGUGCUAUUGCAGGCAAUUAGUUUUACUGAGGCAAAAAAUUUAUUUUAUGAAUUUCACAUGAGUCUCCUUAACAAACGCUGUAUUUCAGACUGCAAUGGCCAUCCAAGGUCACUUGAGCAAUUGUAUUUCAUUUUAAAACAAGGUAGUAUGGCUGCAGGAACUUAUACUAAUAUUUUGUCAAGAUUAACAGAGAAGAUUGGUACCUGGGUUCAUAUUAGUUUUCCUGAAGUUAAAGCAGCUCUAGAGGGAAUCCCAAGGCCACUAGAUUAUGUUUUGGAAGUUGAGAAUGGUGAAAAAGCUAAUGUUGCAGCACUCAUUUCAAAAGGAAUUUAUAUAAACACUAUUUCCUCAUGCUACCAAGAAGUUACUGUAAUCCCUAAAUUGUCACCUGUUGCACUUUGGGUAUUUUGUUCCAAAUAUCAACAUAAUAAAACUUAUGGUACAUUUGCAGAAAAUCUGAGAUGUUUAUUAUUUGAAGAAGACAAAUUACUUGAUAAAGUGAAUGAUGGAUUACCAUUUGAGCAUUUUCAUUCCUAUUGGGAAGUAAUAUCUCGAUAUUUGCUUUUAAAGGAUGAUGAAAAGAUAACAUGUCUUAAAGACUUAUAUGGAUUACAAGAAAAACAACAGCAAUAUUGGGAAAAUAUCAAGUUCAAGGUGUUGACUGAUAAAGGUAUAGUUAAUGAGAAAGAUGAACCUUAUAAAAGCCUAACUGAUGCCAUAUUUGUACUUCUUUCAUCAAAUGAAACUGGGCAUGACAUGGUGAUAUUUGAGGAAAAGGUAUCAGAAGAAGAGGUAUUUAAUAUUAAGGGAAGUGUGUCAAAAGAAAAGACAAAAUCCUAUAUUGCAAUUAACAUAGAAUGCAAGUUUUCAUACCCACAGAGCACAACCAAACCUAAGAAUUACAUAGAAGGGACUCGUAAUUCCCCACAAUUGGAUCUCCCACAUUUUGAGACAAGCAAUAUAGCACAGCUUAAUAUGACAGAAGAUGAUAUCAUUUUUGUUUAUGUCUCAUGGAGAGACCUUUAUAAAAAUGCUAAAAAUAUGAAUACAACAAAUCUAACAAUUCUUGAUAAGGAAAGGUUAAGAAGAAUUUACACAGAGUCAUUGUCAUCAUGA